UUUAAGUUUUAUAACAUUUGAACUCUCCCUGUGAAAAUUCGUAUAGAAAAUGCUACAAUCCUACAAAACUUUACUAUAUUGGUACACACUUACCAUCUCUAAUUUUUCAGAGUACAGUACAUAGUAUAUAAUAUCUUAUAAUCCAAAAUUCAUGUUUUCACUCUCCAUUGUUGGCAGUUGAUAUUCUUGAGGUAGAGUCAUCUGAAAAAGUGCAAAAUCAUUUAGGUGGAACGACCAGCAUUCAUCUGGUAAGGUAUUGAGCAGCUUUGGAAACUCAGGGUAUGAUAUCAUGUUUUGCAACUUAAAAUGUCACCAGAAUGCCAAAGUGGACCACAAAGUCUACAGCAUCUGUGAGCUCUUACCGUCCAACUACUGUGAAGAAAACAUGCACAGUAACAAGCGGGCCAAGAAACUGUGUGACGAUUGCUUUCAGAUGUGCGUUGUAGUGGAAAAUUUGGUCUAAUGGCAAAUAUUUGACGUUACUCCUUGAGCCAUGAUGUCCAGUGUCCACUGUGUUUUUGUUGACCUACUGACUGGUUCAUCAAGCGUCGCCUCUAUGUUGUGGAUAGCGAUGUUAGCGAAAUUUUAAACUUUGGACAACCUGCAAGAAAUUUUUGGGGAGCAUUUUAUGUUUAUCCCCAAGAACAAGCCUUAUCUUCAACGACAAGCUCGCAUAUUUUCCGUUGCGUGCUCUGUGGAAACCCGUUUGUGGUCAGUUUUUCCAACAGGUUUUCCUGUCGUCUUCACCCACAGUCUUUCAUCAAAUACUUGAGAAAUGUGUUUCAUUUAAAAAAGGCAAUCUGAGGAGCAUCUUUGCAUGAGACUUGAAGUGCAGCUGCAAAAUCCAAGGACUCCUGCGAUCAAGGCCUCACUAAGCCAAAAAGUUCAUUUAUUUUCAGCAAUUUAUUUGGUGUAAGUGACCGUAAAGUGUUCAUAUGCCAAUUGAUCAGGCAGCAAAACACUGCAUGUGAAUUAAACUGCACUUAGAAAUUCUACUUGUUGUGAAGUUUCUCAAGUUUGUCUUUAAAGUCAACAUGAAACUAGAUUGGCACAGUAUUUUAGAAUGAAAUGGGGUAUUCAAUUAGAAAAUUAAUAAUGUUCAAAUCAACCAAUCUACAUUCAGAUAUCAAGAUGUUUUAAUGAAGUAAAUAUGGUCGAUUUUGAUUUCAUGUUGACUUCUGCGGUGUUUUCUUACUCUGCCCAGUUAUUUUACCUCUGGAAUCUCUCUUUUCUUACAUGUCGAUGCAUCGUCAAUUUCAAGACCUUGGGGGAAAUAUAGCUAAUCAAAUAGUCUUGUAACUAAAAUCAACUGCAAGCGUUCCUUGAAAAACGGCCAUUGAACCUAAAGAUCGUAGAGGCAUGUCGCACAGAAGAAGCCGGAGUAAUACGCCACCCUCGUACACCACCAACAGCAAUGACCCUCGUGAGCUGGAGCGACGGAUUUUUGUCGGAAAUUUGCCCACGGCACACAUGGCGAAGAAGGACAUGGAGGAUCUGUUCAGGCCAUAUGGGAAAAUACAGGCUUUGUCCCUGUUUCGUGGCUACGGAUUUGUGCAGUUUGAGCGAGUGGAGGAUGCUGAGGCCGCUAAAGCCGGACAAAACGGCCGAAUUUAUAGAGGUUAUAAACUAGAUGUAAAUAUGGCAGCGGAGAGACGACAGAAUAAAGCCAGGUCAAGCCCUCCACGCAGGCCAGCCAGCUCUUACGGGGACAGUCGAGAGCCCCGUCCCCGUUCUCGGUCCCCAGUGCAUGGGCGAGAUUCUCGAGACCACCGUGACAGUCGAGAGAUGAGAAGCGAUAGCCGUGAGCUGCGUCCCGGUCCACCUCGGGAGCAUGAUGCUAGAGGGCCGCCCGAUGAGCGAUACAGGGGCUCAGAGAGCAGGGAGAAAGAUCCUUCCUACAGAGUGGAAGGGUAUGAUCGUUAUUACCGUGGAGAGUAUGACUGUUAUCGGAAGAAAGAGGAGCCAUACCCUGAGCGCUACAGGGAACCCUGGAAUGGCAGGAGAGAGUCUGAGGAGGAGCGGGUGCGUCCAGAAGAGCGCCGGAGAAACGAACUUUACCGGCAAUAUUAUGAAGAGCUGCAGAGGCGCUAUGAUGCUGAAAGACCAGUGGACUGUUCCGUCAUAGUCGUCAACAAGCUGCAAAAGGAAUAUGCCGAGACGGUGGGCAGGAAGGUUCGGGAUCUGGGUAUGGUGGUGGAUCUCAUCUUCCUGAAUACAGAAGUGUCAUUGACCCAAGCUCUGGAGGAUGUGAGUCGGGCUCGUACACCUUUUGCCAUCAUCAUCACCCAGCAGCACCAAGUACACCGUUCCUGUACAGUCAACAUCCUCUUUGGGACUCCGCAAGAGCACAGGAACAUGCCCAUGCAGGAUGCCAUGGUGCUGGUGGCCCACAACUUUGACUCUUUUAAAGUUGAACACCGUGCUAAAGAAAGGGACGAGUUAGCGACGAAGGCGGCCAAGAUGGCAGAUGAGGUGUUGAUGAGGGAACCUGACAGAGAAGGUCACCCUGCCUCCCUUCUGACCCACAUCACGCUGCUGUCCGAGGGCAGGUUUAUGUCUUCAGAUGAGUUGGCCAGGCUAAUUGACUAUCUGAGAGACAAACGUGAUCGUCUUGUCCGAGGCAGUACUGACACGGUUGCACACCCUCCACCAGCGACCCACGAGCCUUCUCAGCCCACACAGCCUCUAUCCGCUCCAGCUCAGCCCGCAUACACCAGCCUGCCCCUUCAUUCCACCCACCUGACCCCUGCGUCCGCCCCCGCCGCCCCCAACCAACAGCAGGAGCUCCAGGCUAAGAUCCUCAGCAUCUUCAACAGUGGCAGCGGCACGUCUUCAGUGUCCAGCCCCACUCUGGCGCCCCAAAUGCAGGGUUACUCUUCCAGCCUCGGCCCUCAUACUGCCGGACUCCAGUCUUCUCAUGCAGCCCCCGCUGCCACCGGCAUGCCCAAAAUCGCUGCUGUCCAGCCGCAGAGCAGCAUUAUGAACCCUCGGCCUGCCCUGAGGCCUCCUGGCGCUCGUAUGGCCGGGCCGACAGGCGCCCCGAGACCGGCAGUCACCACAGGCACUGGCAUCAACUUUGACAACCCCAGCGUGCAGAAAGCAUUGGAUACGCUCAUCCAGAGCGGACCCAUUAACCACUUGGUGAAUAUGGGAUCUGGUGCGGGUCAAGGGAUCCGGUCAGCACAGGGAAUGGGCCAAAGCAUGGAUCCAUCACCCAUAUCCCAUUAUUCCCGCCAUUACUGAAAUGAAUAGAUCUGAUACGAAUCGAGAAGUCGGCAUUGCUCUGAAUUAUCAUAAAUUAUUAUUUUUUUGCUCCCGUGUAAUUUGUGAUAAAAAAAAAAACGAGUUUUCUGUGAAGUCAUAGUUUUCUGGUUUUACGGUUUUUGUUUUUUACUCAUCUAACCUUUACAGAGCAUGAUUGAUUGU